AUGCUCCAUCAACUCGGCGUCGUCACUGCGCCCUUCAUUGUCAGCAACCCUAACAAAUCUGGCGAUGGUGGGGCUGGUGACCAUAACUGUGCUGUUCUCCAAGACGGGGCGGGCGAGGCUGGCGACGCCCCCACCAGCCCUGGCUCCCGCAGAGGAAGGCCCGAUCAGCAUGAUGUCAGUGUUGAACAGCUCAAUAUCGAGUGUGUCUCCGACGACCACGGGCCGGAUGAUGCCGACGAGCGGGCCGUUAGUGGGAUUGACGUCUUCCCCCGAAGCAGCAAGGAGUGCCGCCGACUCGAAUUGCGAGCUAAGUCGCGGGAAUUGCCACCUACCUAUCCAGACUUAUUUUACCAGGAUUUUUCAGAUAUCGCAAAGACAAUGGCGAAGGCGAUAAAACGCAUGCAGGCCGUGGUACACACUGCAGAGUACAUAAUGCGUACAAGACCCGCCCGGAAUUUGCCGUCAGGCCGGACCCCGAAGAUACGUGACAGGAGACACAGCAGGUCAAAGACAUCUGGGGCAAGGACAUCUUCUCAAGUUUCCCAGCCUAAGUCUCUUCUUGAUUUCCCCAUUGACUUUGCUACACUAGACAGCGAGGACGGUGAGCACGACGAUCGCGAUGUCGAGGGAAGGGGCAGUGUUGAGGGCGACGAUGACGAUGUUGACGAUGAAGAUGAGGAAGAGGCUGAGAGCAAGGAAAGGGGCAGCGGUAGCGGUAGCGACGGCAGUGGUAGCAAUGGCGGUAGCGGUAGAGGCAGGAGGAACACACGACCCCGAAGGAGGAGUGUGCAUCGUCUCCGCCAGUGGACAUCGAGGGAACGGCGUCGACUUGCUCAGCUGAAGCAGAAAGGGUGGAACGAUGAUCGGAUAGGGGUCGACUUGGGUCGGACCGCGAGUGCUGUGGCACAGCAGUGGCGAAAGCAGAAGUUAUCCGCUGUAUAG